CACGACUGACGGACGAAGGCGAGAAGAUACUUUGAUCGAGUCGCGCGCGAUAAAAGUGGAAAAACAGUAUGGCCGAGACGAGCGCGAGCCUCGGCCUGUCGCACAUCCUGAAGCCGAGCCUGCACGAGAACGAUUUCCUGCAGAGCUUCGUGCGCAUCGGCAUCGACGAGCCCAGCGAGCCAAGCCCCAAUGAGAAAUCAGCGCCCAGCGAAAAAUCUCCGAAAAGGUAUACACCUAAAAUCGUUCGCAUCGGCUAUUAUCUUUUCGUAACUGUGUUUGUGCAAAUGUUUGCCCUCCCACGCGGCACGAAUCAGGAAAGAAUCGAGCCGCAUCAGCAGCAGGCUCGAGUCCGCUCGUCUCGCUCGGUGAGCGCCAAUUACAACGGCGGCUCGCCGAGCCGAGGCACGACCGGCGCCGCUGCCCCGACGACGACCUAUUACUCGCCGCACAAGAGCAUCGGCCAGCUGCUGCAGGAGGAGAUGCGGGCGCAGAAGUCGCGCAAGCGUCGCCGGCGGCGCAGCGACGCCCACCGCCAGGAGGAGGUCUACACGGACAAGGACAGGGCCGCCGCGGUGAACAUGGGCAGCCGCGACAUCAAGCAGUCGCUCAAGCUCAAGCGCAAGCAGGACCGCAGCAAGGCCCUGCAGAUACCCGAGGAGGCCGAGCCGAGCUCGAUGCUGGCCCACGGCCUCAGAGAGCUCAGGUGCGGCAACGUGCGCGUCGCCCGCAAUUGCAUCGACAAGGCGCUCGAGCUCAGCCCGAAGGACAAGAACGCCCUGAUAGCCCGUAGCAGGUGUCACCUGCUGCUGGGCGAGCCGCAGAAGGCCCUGGCCGACGCCGAGCUGGCGCUGCGCGGCCGAUCGCGCGACCCCCGCAACGCCAAGGCCCUCUACUCCAAGGCCGAGGCGCUCUACUACCUCGGCGACUUCGAGCUCAGCCUCGUCUACUUCUAUCGGGGCAUGAAGAUACGCCCGGAGUUCGAUCAGUUUCGGCUCGGCGUGCAGAAGGCCAAGGAGGCCAUACAGAACAUACUCGGUGGUAAUCCAGUGCCCAUACCCGAGACUCCUGGUCCAGUAGCAGCCGUCGGCACAGGAGAGCAGCAGAGAGAGACGACGACGGCGACGAGCAGCACGAGUCAGAGCUCGACUCGUGCCGAUUCCAAGGGCGAAACGUGCCGCAGCAGUUGUGGACGCACCAGCGCAGGCGGGACAGCUCAGACAGCACCACCGAGCGCUGGUACGACUACUCAGCUCACUGGCCCGCAGCAGCGACGAAGCAGCAGCAAACGAUCGACCGCCAAUGUCACUAACGGCAAUAACUUACUCGGCCAUUUGACGAGGGACAAGAAGUACCUGCAAGAGCUCAUAAAACGACCCGAUAUAAAAGCGGCGCAUCAGAGCUCGGCGCAGAACAUCAUAGCGCACGCCGAGGAGGGCCUGCAGUUCUUGAAGACGAGGCAGGAGUUUUGGAAGCAGCAGUGCAACGCCCGUCAGCAGUCGUCGUCGUCAUCUUCGCGUCGUUGGGCGGCUACUUCAACCUGA